ACAGCCUGGAUAUCACACCGGAGUUGCUCUAAAAAGUUGCUAAACGUUAUCGAAUGAAUGAGGGGCGGACCGGAUGUUGUCCGUCUUCUCUGAUUCGCUUUGGGGGCAGUAUGGUGUUGUAACCGGCAAACAUAGCACUAUAAACACUGAAUUUGGUUUGAAUGUCCGAAUUGGGACAUAGCCACGUUAAGACCCCUGGCCUGAAGGAAAGAGCCUAGCGCCAGACCGUGUAUAUUCCUAAGCAGAGGCUGGAGCGACUCGUCCCACUCUCUGACGGAUACUGAAGGUCUGUACUACUGUCCGAAGGCCCCUGCAAGCGAGGAUUAUAAAACGACCCCACCGUGGUCGGCCGGCAGAGUGUGUAGAGAGGAGCCUAGCUGGGCUCCCUGGGCUCCACCACCAUGGGUCUGCUAACCUACCUGAAGAGCCUCUUCAUCCUGCAGCUGCUGAUGGGCUUCGUGUUCGUCGUGAGCGGCCUCAUCAUCAACUUCAUCCAGCUCUGCACCUGUGUCCUCUGGCCCUUCAACAAGCAGCUGUACCGCCGGAUCAACUGCCGGCUCUCCUAUUCUCUCUGGAGCCAGCUGGUGAUGCUUCUGGAGUGGUGGUCAGGCACGGAUUGCACGCUCUACACAGACCAGGCCACGGUGGACUUAUUCGGCAAAGAGCACGCCAUCAUCAUCCUCAACCACAACUAUGAGAUCGACUUCCUCUGUGGCUGGACCAUGUGUGAGAGAUAUGGCAUCCUAGGGAGUUCAAAGGUGUUAGCCAAACACGAGCUACUGAAGGUGCCUCUGAUUGGCUGGACCUGGUACUUCCUGGAGAUCGUCUUCUGCAAGAGGAGGUGGGAGGAGGACCGGGACACAGUCUUCAAGGGUCUGGACGCGUUGAAGGACUACCCAGAGUUUAUGUGGUUCCUGCUGUACUGCGAGGGGACCCGCUUCACGGAGAAGAAACAUGAGAUCAGCAUGCAGGUGGCAGAGAGCAAAGGACUGCCCCGACUCAAGUACCACCUCCUCCCCCGAACCAAAGGCUUCACUACCACCCUGCAGUGUCUCAAGGGCACAGUUUCUGCCGUCUACGAUGUGACACUCAACUUCAAAGACCAGCAGACACCAACUCUGCUGGGCAUCGUGCAGGGCAAGAAGUACAAAGCUGACUUGAAGAUCAAGCGAUUCCCUGUGGAAGAGAUCCCAGAGGAUGAGAAAGAGUGUGCCAGCUGGCUGCAUAAGCUCUAUCAGGAAAAGGACGCCCUCCAAGAGCACUACCACAAGGAGGGCAGCUUCCCCGGGCCCACCAUCAUCCCUCCCCGACGCCUGUGGACGCUCCUCAACUUCCUGUUCUGGGCCACCCUGCUGCUCUCGCCCCUCAUCAACUUCGCCUAUGGCGUGGCAGUCAGCGGCUCGCCCCUCCUCAUCAUCGGCUUCCUCCUCUUCCUCAUCGGAGCCUCCAUCGCUAUCCGUCGUCUCAUCGGUGUCACGGAGGUGAACAAGACGGGCUCCAGUUACGGCAACCCGGAGGCCAAGAAGCAAAACUAAAGCUCUUCAUCCCCCUGGCCUCCCCUCCUUCCACCCCCCCCCCCCCCCCCUCUGGCCCCGCCCCCUCUGGCCCCGCCCAUCCCCCCCCUCUCUGCGUGACCCAGUACACCGGAGUCCACUGGUCUGUAAGCGCCCCCUCUCCUCCCACCACCUCUGUUCUCCCAUCGGGAUGGGGCACUAAGGCUCAAACUAAUGAAUCAAAUAAAAAUCAAAGUUUUAAAUAAUAAAUAAUGUUAAAUGACUUACAUGAGACACGAUAGAGGGAGAGAGAGAUUGGGGAGGGGGAGAGAAAGAGAGAAUUUAGACUGUCGACCUAGCUUCUCUGGAGUAGACGACGCAGGGAUUAAUAAUAAUCCCUUUAAGGACACACUCAAGAACGGGGGUGGGGGAGUGCUUGUACGCCCCCCCCCCUCCCCCGCCCCUCUCCCCUGAACGCCCCACCCACCCGAGUCGUGGACGGCCAAUCCGUUUGCGGCGUUUCACCAGGCGCUCCACCUCCACCACAACGCCACGUCUGACGCCCCUCGCCCAACCUCGCCAGGAAGAAGGAAAGAACGACUUAUCUUGGUGUCCCCAGGACAUUCACCCUUCUGUUGUUGUUCUGUUCCUCAUCCCAGCACACGGUUGAAGUUUUCCUGGUAUUGUUUCGCUAACUGCGAUGAGUAAAGGGCCUCAGUCCCACUGAGGGCUCGGCCCGGUUCCCCUUGUUGUGGUUGCGUCAUGUGCGGGUAUUUAAUCAACCGUUAGGAACUCGGAACAGGCUCUGAGGUCUCUGGGGACCAGAGAAGGAAGCAGAGUUUUCGAUAAUGACGAUAAUGAUUAAAGUAUCCCGACAAGUAGUCAGUGGGCUUUCAUUGGCAGUCACUGAGAACCAUUUCUCAUUUCCAUUUGGCUAUUCCCUCUCGACCUUGAAAAGCAAUUGCAUAAAGUGAUUGCUCUUCAUCCACCUGGUUUCAGCCCCAACCACGUCGAAAUCUUAGUAAGAUCUUUCAGCACUUGAUUUAUGUUGUCGGCAGUGUACUGGCAAGUGAUACAAUCUAAUUGUAACAUGUCAUAUGUAAGAUAAAAAAUCUUUAUUGACAUAAAAUGUAAAUGUAUCUUUGGUAUUCUGGCAACACAUUAAUAUCUGUAAAAUAAACAGUUCACGGUAUAAAAUAGCUACAACAGACCGCAAACAGCAUGGAAUUGACAGUGAAGAGCAACACGGCAGCAAACUACAUAAAAUACAUUUUCAGCAGCAGCAGUUUACAUGGGAGGGGGAUGUUAGUUGAUUAUUUCCCUGUUUAGAAUGGUCACAGCAGAGCACGCCAGUUAUUUCUUGUACACAUUUUCGCUUGCUAGUGGGACAGGGAGUGAAUAGUGAAGGGGUAGGGUAAUUUAGAAACCUGGGGGCACUAUUUUGGUUAUGGACCGAUUGUAUAGGUUCUGGAGUUGCAAUUUUUUUGGCAUCUGGUGAUCUGGCUGGCCUGGGUGACAACCUCAGCUCCUUCAUGUGUCUAACUGAGCAGUUCCCAUACAAGGAGACCAUGUUAAAGGUGAGACCACCGGCCUGUGUCCUGUUGACCCUAGGCUGCUGGCAUUGAAGACCCCAGGUUCCUGCAAUAUAUCUGCAAGAAUAAUAUUCAAACCUUGCCUUAAUUCAAGCUGGUUAUGCAAAGGAGUGCUUAUUUAUCUUUGUCAACCCCUUAUUUUCGUUCAAUCAAGGGGAAUAUCCUUCUUUACCCACAGCAGCGAUGUGUUGAUCAUUAGGGGGUCAGCAUUGACUAAUAACUGACUGCUGUUUUGUUUGAAUAGGUAACUUAACGCUGCUCAGUAGUUAAAUGAAAGCUGCAUUUCAUUUUAUACCGUGCUAUAUGCAGCUCUAUAUAUUACUGUUUUGUGUCCAAUAUCUCACUAAAAAAGCUCUCCGGCCGCUUCUGAAAACAGGUUUUAAGGCAGGUUUGAACUGUGACUAAAUCGAGUUGCUGAACCCUACAUGAUCCGACCGCUUUGUCAAGUGACCACAGCGAUUAGUUAUAGGCUCUAGAGCCGCCAUAGCCUUGUGUUCAGAAGAAGAGACGUUUUUGGAGUCAUACAAGCCUCGAUAUUAUUCAUUGCUGGUUUUUUUUUAUGCUUUCUGACGGCCAGACAUUGAGCAGGGACAUGGGGAUGUAACGGGGAAGAUGUUUUAAUACAUUUCAAAUCGGGGUUGACAACCCGCUGCUUGAUUCUGAAGUUUCUAUAGAAACUCCCGCCAUACAUUCCUCCUCCACCAUCAGCACCACCACACACACGCACCGGUCCGCUGUUCGCAACUUGCAAUCAGAACAUAUUCAACGUAACUUAUUUGCAUCAAUUGAAAAGAAUCAACCCUAAGAACUCAUGGAGGUUUAUGUCGAGAAUUCACUAUUCCCUAUUUUCCAUCCCAUUAAGCCAGCAAACUUGUGCGGUCCUGCCCCUCUUGCAGGUCUUCGAUAGCUUUGUACAGUAGAGAGGGAAAGAAUUAGACAUUCGCUGGAGGGGUUUUAUUUUGUACUGAAAGGGGGGGAAUCCACGUCUAACUUAAUAUUUUUGUGUUCAGAUUUCUUGAAAAGAAAAGCACUGCGAUCCAACGUUGAAUCUCGAAAGUAGUUACUUUAGUGGCACCUCGAGUCUUUUUUUUUUUUUUUAAGUCAAAUUUGUAUGGGUUUUAUUUGAUUAACUAAAAUAUUAAAUAAUUAAAUCACAUGAUUCUCAUGGCAUCAUUUGGGGUUAUAUGCGUUUUCAACUAUGAAUAGGUGCUUCCUUUUGAACAAAGAAAAAUACAGCACUGUUUAAAAUGAAUUCGACUCAACUUUUCCUAACAGACGUCAUUGCGCGACGGCGAGUAUUGCUGACCUCUAGCGUCUCUAGCGUUGAACUACAGUUUUCCGAAGUUGGACUACAACAAGCGCUCUUUCGAUCCAUGCGUUCUUGUAUGGAUUUCAAUCAGGUUGUCGCCAACAGUGAGAAUCACUUUGGGCGGACUUGGCCAACGGGAAUAUUUUAGGCCACUUGAAUCCCAAUUCACAUGAGAAAAAAAAGAGGCUCAACUUAUGUUGAAGUUGAAAUUAACUGCCCCCAAAUGUUAAAGGAAAUUUUCUCUGCAAAAAAAGAGAAUCCGUAGAGGCCCCCGGUUUUUUGCUGAUUACUUUUUUCUUUUCUAGUUUGGGACAGACCGUAUAACGGUUGGCACACAGGAAGCGGAAGGGUCAAAAGUCAAAAUUAAAAUAGUCAAAAGUAACGCUUUGUAAACUAUGUUAUUAUAGUAAACUAAAGAAAAAAUAUAUUCUAGCUCUGAACAUUUUCUUUUCUCAGCCGAUUUUUUUUUAAUAAUACAUAGCUAUAAUAACUGGUUGCUAGGAAGAACAAGCAUUUUGUCUAUGCAAGCACAUUGGUGACUUGUAACUUCAGAUUAAGAUAACUGUAACUAGUCGUUUUGACAUGUAACCAAGGGUAGUACUGCUACUCUUUAAUCAUAAUUUAAUUUAUAUUUUAGUGUCGUAACAUUUAUAAUUCUUGGCUAUGUGUAAACUCAACCAGCAGAGGUCACCAGCUAACCACUGCCCAGGCGCCCAUUUUGAACAUUCCACAAUGCCUUUCAAUUAGACAAAAUAGUAUUAAAAGUUGAAUAUUAUGAAAAAUAUAUAAAUCACAUCACUACCUAGCUUGCUUACUAAUAAUAUAAGAAGAAGAAUCACAACACCACCCAGAGUGCCCCUUUUUCCACUUGAGGUGCUAACUUGCAGAGGCGUGACCGGAGGGCCAUUCAGGUAAACAAACGUUAAGCAGACUACACCUCAGCAGAUUGAUGAUAAUAUUCAU